AUGAAAUUAGUGUCUGACGGUGGACCUCCGUUUAAUUCUGCUGAAUUUAAAUCUUUUCUAUAUUCUUGGGAUAUUGAACAUAUUAUGACUAGUCCAUAUCACCCGAAGUCUAAUGGUCAAGCUGAAAGUUCUGUUAAAAUUAUGAAAAAUUUAUUAAAAAAAUGUUUAGAGUCAAAUACAGAUCCUUAUAUGGCAUUGUUACAAUAUAGGAACACACCUAAAGCUAAUUUUCCAUCACCAGCUCAAUUAUUAAUGUCUAGAAAUUUAAGAAUGCAUAUACCAAUUACUAAUAAGAAAUUUAAACCAAAAAUUGUUACUUUCAAUGAAUAUAAAAAUAAUUUUGAGAAAAAUCGUGUUUGGAGUAAAAUUUACUAUGAUAGAAAUAAGAAACAAUUACCAUUAUUACAGCCAGGAGAUUAUAUAACUUUUAAAAAAAUGCCUAACUCAGAUUGGCUUCCUGGAAAAGUCAUUAAAAGAUUAGAUUGUCAACGUUCAUAUAUAAUAGAAGACGCUGAAGGUAAAAGAUAUAGAAGGAAAAGAUUUUUAAUUAAAUUUAAUUGUAAUGAUAGUUGUCAUAAGUUUGAUGAGAUGCAAUCCAACAAUUCUGAGGAAAGGGAUAGUCAGCAGAGGAACAGGCAGAUGGAUACUAAUAAUAAAGAAUUAGAUAAGAAUAUCAAUUUCCAGGAGAACUGUAAUAAAAGUAGAUCAGGUAGAGUAAUUAAGAAACCAGUUAAGUUGAAUUUGUAA